ACCCCGAGUAGAGAACGAGGAAGAACGGUAAUGUGGGCGUACCCACCGACGCGGAAGCAACUAGCGGUGACCAUCGGCGUUUUCGCCGCCGGCACCGCUCUGAUCGCCGUCGGCAUUCACCUCUCCUUCGCCAACGUCGCCCCUCAGCAAGCCCGUACCAAAGCUCGCAGCGACUUCGUCAAGUCUCGCCUCCGGAAGUACCUCGACGAUUGACCCUCCUAACCCAGCCCCCCCUCCCCCGCCAACCCACAAGUAACGAUUCCUCUCUUCCGGUGAGCAUUGCCGUCUUUCAGUUAAUCCCCGGCGAGCUCUGAAUCUGUUCAUGUUUCUGCUUGUUCAAUGGUAUAGCUUGGAUAUGUUGAAUUGACUCUGUUUUCAAUGUGGAACUUGAUUGGAUCAGCUCCAAGUUAGCUUUUUUCUGUUUUUGUUUUGUCGAAGAAUUUGGAAACCAUCUGUUGAAUCACUGUGCCUUCA